AUGCAUGAACUGGAAAGUCGACCACUCCCUUCGGUGGAACUUGCAUAUCAGUACAAGCUUCCCAAUUGUCCCGGCAAGUCCAGCAUCGGACUCAUGGUGACAUUCCCGCCCAAUUCAUCCACGCCGCCUCAUCGACAUGCCGGAGCCGCCGUCUCUGUCAUUGUGCUUGAGGGAACUCUACUCAAUAAGAUGAAUAGUGACCCAACUCGCGUGUUUGGGAAAGGCGGCAGCUGGUUUGAGGCUCCCGGUUGUCAUCACAAGGUCAGCGAUAAUUACAGUAACGAAGAACCUGCUAAGCUGCUGGCGACUUUGGUGGUUGACACGGAGGUGGUGGAGAAGGGAGGAGUUACGGCCUUGGUGGAAUUUGACGAGGAAUAUAGGGAUAUUCAGCUUUAA